CAGAAACAUGUGUCUUCACCUCACACACUUUCCUCCAAAAUUAAAAAAAAAAACAAAACGCACGCAGCUCAAUUCCUUUCUACUCUCUGCAACACAACACAAUACACAACCAUGAAAUUAAAAUCUAAAUGAAAUUAAACGAAAUGAAAAUGAAAUUCAUAAUCAAAUUUCACGCUACUCACACACUUUUUUGAUUCACACUCAACUCAACAUUACGUAAUACCAAGCUUAUAUAGAGCCACAAAAGAUCGAUCUCUUACCUUCAGAUUUCGUCGAGAAAUAGUUCAGAAAAAUUGAAUAGAUUUUUUUUUUAAAACUAGGGUUUGUGAGCAUGAAGUUGAACGGAGAAAUCUCGGACGGAGAAGAAGAUGAAGAGAAAAUGGUGGUUGGUUACGCCUUAACGUCGAAGAAGAAGAAAAGCUUUCUAAAGCCAAACUUUAUUGCCCUCGCAAGGAAUAAGGGGAUUUCCUUUGUUGCCAUUGAUCUAAAGAAGCCGCUGUUAGAACAAGGUCCAUUUGAUGUUAUCUUGCAUAAGUUGCCAGGAAAAGAGUGGCGUGAGAUUAUUGAGGAUUACAGGCAUCAACAUCCCGAAGUAACCAUCCUUGACCCUCCAUAUGCAAUUCAACAUUUGCUCAAUCGACAAUCCAUGCUACAAAAUGUGGCAGAGCUAAAUUUAUCUGACUGCCAUGGCAAGGUUGGGGUUCCGCACCAGUUGGUUAUCACUAAAAACCCAUCUACUAUUCCCUAUGAAGUCACCAAAGCUGGAAUGAAGUUACCUUUAGUUGCUAAACCAUUAGUUGUGGAUGGGAGUGCAAAGUCACACGAAUUGUGUCUUGCUUAUGAUGAAUUGUCUCUUUCAAAGCUUGAACCUCCACUUGUUCUUCAAGAGUUUGUUAAUCAUGGUGGUCUUCUUUUUAAGAUUUAUAUUGUUGGGGAAGCUAUAAAGGUUGUGAGGCGUUUCUCUCUACCCAAUGUUAGUAAAAAUGAGCUAUUGGAUGUCGAUGGUUUAUUCCGAUUUCCAAGAGUUUCAUGUGCAGCAGCUUCUGCAGAUGAUGCUGAUUUGGAUCCAAAUAUUGCAGAACAUCCACCAAGACCCUUAUUGGAGAGGCUUGCAAGGGACCUACGUCGCAGACUGGGACUCCGCUUGUUCAACAUUGAUAUGAUACGAGAACACGGGACAAAGGACGUGUUUUAUGUCAUUGAUAUCAAUUACUUUCCUGGGUAUGGAAAAAUGCCAGAGUAUGAGCACAUAUUUAUCAAUUUCCUACUUAGCCUUGGGCAGAACAAAUGUAAGAAGAAGGAUGAUACUUAAACUAAGGGGUGUGUAUAGAUUGAUCCAUUCAACAUGCUAUCCUUGGCUAGGCAGUGGUUUCUUGAUAACCAGUAACAUUCUAAUUUCAACUUGUUUAUUUUGUUUGUAAUGUCACUGAAGCCUCAUUAAAAUGUGUUAAAUGGGUUCUCAAAGCUUUCUGUUCUCUCCCUUUCUCACCUACUCACUCACUCACUGAUCAUAAAGCCUUUGUUGCAACUUGUAAGUUGUAUGUUUAUCAACAUUAGUGGAGAACUUUCAUUGCUGCAAAAUAAUUAUGUGGUUGUUAAUUCUUUCA